GGCCAUUUGCAUGACAAACAGCCAAAGCGGCCUCGAAUCUUUGCGACUGGCCUUCUCAAUCAUUCAUCACGGCGGCCUCCACCAUCUUCAAACUGAAUACAUCCCAUACCAUGUCUCCCCGAAACGUGAACGUGUUGGUAACUAGCUUUGCUGGUCUAGGACUACCACCGACCCUCGUUCUUCCUCUAGCAUCAUCGACAACAGUUACAGAGCUGCGCGAACGCAUAGAUGAUCGACUCCCAACGACUCAGUCAAGACUCAUCCUCACCACACUAUCCAACAAGCAACUUCCAGCCUCAUCAGACUCUCCCAUCUCGAGCUAUCUCUCCACUGCCCACGAUGAAUUCCUUUCCUUGCGACUCGCUGUCCCCCUUUGUGGUGGCAAAGGCGGUUUCGGAUCUCAACUUCGAGCCGCGGGUGGUCGCAUGUCUUCGCGCAAAAAGAAGAGCCAAGAGGACCACGGAUCUAGCCGAAACCUGGAUGGGCGACGUCUGCGUACUGUAAAUGAGGCUAAGGCUUUGGCCGAGUAUCUAGCCAUCAAGCCCGAGAUGGAGAAGAAGGAGAAAGAGAAGCGCCGUGAGCGUUGGGAACAGAUUGUUCAAAUGUCAGAGCAGAAGGAGGCUGAAAUUAAGUCGGGCAGCAAGAGUCGUCUUGACGGUCAGUGGGUUGAGGACAAGGAAGAGAGCAGUGAGCGAACUCGUGAGGCUGUUCUUGCUGCCAUGAAGGCUGGUAACUACAAAGACAACUUGCUUGGCACAUCUCACGAUUCAAGCUCUACACAACCAAGCAACGACCAAUCCGGUUCAGAUGAGGACAAGGGUACAUCAUCAGAGCAGUCAACGCCGCCCCCCGCCGAAGGAGCCAAGGCCGAUAAGGGCAAGGGCAAAGCUACGACAUUCUUUGGAUUCGAUGAGGACGAUGAAUUUAUGAGUUCAGACGAUGAGGAUGAGGAAAAGUGAUGGGUCUCGUCAUCAUGAUCAUCAAAAUUGGGGAUUCGCCAUUACGACCUAUACUGGCCAAUCGCAACAGCCAUUUUUUGGAUUACGGAGUAUGGAACCAUGGAGUAUUAUCUGGGAAUUUGGAUUACCAGCGCUUUUGCGUGAGCCUCACAUAGCUAAUAUGAUAUCAAUAAUCUCAUUCGACAAUCUAUCACUUAAGACUCGAGACGUCAUCACAAUGCGGAAAGCCAGCAUUCAAAACACAACAGUCAAUAUUUGGGGUUAGCUUUGAAAGCAA